AUUUACAUAAACGCAUGUGUGCAAUUAGUGUUCUUGAUAUUGUAGCAUAAAAAUUUUAAAUCUAAUGGAAAUUAUGAGUCAUAAUACUUAUUUGUUAUUAAACUUAUAAACUCGUUAUUAUAUUAGCGUGCGUUUUUUGCUAAAGUGAUUCAGCUAUUGAUGAAAUAUCAUAAAUUUAUGCAGAAAACAACUUGAACACCUCUGGCAAAACAUUAAUGCUACUCACUAGUCUCUUUAUGUGAUGUCUAUUCCAGAAGAGGUUAUUAAAUACAAAUACAUACAUCAUUAAUCACAUUACGUAUCAUAAGUAACUUGCAUAACCACUAACUGUGUGACAUUUCUACAAGUUUGAGUCAAGAUGCAUCAUGGAAAGAAGUCUCCCAGUAUGGGAACGCCGUCUGUGUAUUCCCAUGUAACCACCACUCGCAGCAGUGCAAAUCUCAGAUCGUCAAGGUCUGCUCGCAGUGUCAAAAUUCCUUGGUAUCAAAAGCCAUUAGUGACACACCCUGUUUUCCUCGAUAUUCAAAGAAGCGCUAUGUUUACCGCCAUAUUCUCAUUGUGUCUAGCCUUCUUCACAAUAUGUACAGCUAUCUUUGACAUCUACUGUCUCUCACAAGCUGCACCUGGCUCCAUACAUUAUGGAUAUUAUAUCAUAUCGUAUGAAUUUGUUUAUGUAGGCAAUCAACAUGUUCGAAAUGCUCUGAUCGUGUUUGCACUGUUCUCUAUGUUGGGUGGAAUAGUCAUCUUUGCGACUUCUUUAAUGUUGAUUACAGCUCUGCGGAAAGAAUACGAAAAGAAAAUGUUGCCAUGGCUGUACAGUUUUGCUAUUUUUAUUCUUUUCCGAUUAUUUGCUUUUAUAUUCUUUAGCAUUGUAAACGAUAUGAUAUUUGCCUAUAAUAUCAUGAUGUGUCUUCUAUGGAUAGUAUUUAUCUGUAUCUGUGCAUAUGGUUGGCUUCUUGUAUAUUCUCUAUAUCUUGAACUAUGUGAUCUAACAAGAUUAGAAGAUUUGGCUCAUUUGCGGAUUGGAACAUUGCAGUCUUUAAAUGCAUCAACGACCCACUCUAUUGCUGGUUCUCGACCUACAACGCCUCAUAGCGCAAUAUCGACCAUGCCCGUUAAUUGAAUAACAAUAUAUACAUAACGUACA